GCCAAAGAGUGGACAAAUGACACUCUUUCUUCACAAAUCAAUUCUUCUUCUUCUUCUUAUCAUCCAAAGUGUUGCAUGUUUGAGCAUAGAAAAUGACACCAUUUCAACUGGUGUAGUAAUCAAAGAUUCACAAACCAUCACAUCCCCAAAACAAAUUUACAAACUAGGAUUCUUCUCUCCUCCAAACACAACCAACCGCUACUUAGCCAUCUUCUUCGCCUUCUCCCAAGAAACCGUGAUUUGGGUCGCCAACAGAGACACACCCCUCACUGAUUCUUCCGGCUCCGUUACUCUGUCCCGAGACGGCAAUCUUGUCAUCUUGGACGGGACUAAUCGAACUGUAUGGUCGACUAAUCUCACCACCUCUCCUACCAAUCCAGUAGUCCAAAUCCUUGACACUGGCAAUCUCGUCUUGCGGGAAGAGGCCUCUGGAGACAUGUUGUGGGAGUCUUUCUCACAUCCUACGGAUAUUCAGGUGCAGGGAAUGCCAUUAAGCCAGAACGUCAAGACAGGGAAGCAAGUGCUGCUGACGGCGUGGAAAAACGCCACGGACCCCGGGACAGGGCGCUUCACCGGUGGCCUGGACGUCACGAGCGGGACCCCACAGCUUUACAUCAGGGAUAUUGAGGGGCGGCCGCGCUUGAGGAGUGGGCCGUGGAACGGUUUCAUUUUUCUUGGGAUGAAGAGAUUGUUCUACGCCCACUUAGAUGGAUUCAAUCAUGUCACGAAUGACAGUGCUGGAAAUUUCUUCUUCACCCCGCAGCUGAUGAAUGAUAGGCAUAUAAUAUCCAGCGUCAACUUCUCAGGAAGUAUGGAACGGAAGGUGUGGAAUGGAAACAAAUGGGACUUGGUGUUGGUCGCUCCGGAAAAUGAGUGUGAUGUUUACGGGAAGUGUGGGCCGUUUGGUAGCUGUAAUAUCAUGCAAUCGCCUAUUUGUAGUUGUUUGAGAGGUUUUGAGCCUGUAAAUGAGGAUGAAUGGAGGAGAGGGAAUUGGACUGAU